UCAACCACCAAGGAUCAUUGAAAUCAUUUGUCAGAGAGGGAUGAUCAGAUCUAUAUAUUGUUCAUAUGCAGAAGGGCUUGGAGGGAGACAAAGACCCAGAGAAGCCACAUGAUCCACCUCUUCGUCUAAGAAAGUAUGGAAUUAUUUAGUUACUUGAAGAGGAACCGAUGGCAGACAGGGCUGGGCACCUAAUUGAAUACUUUCCUGCGCAAACAAAUGAAAGAUUCGGGUUGUCUCCUGAUGAAAAUUUCCGCACGCUCCCCAGCAUAGGCUAUAUAAGGAGAGAGCGGUGAAGGGCUUCACCAUCAACAUCAGAUCAUCAUCUUGAAUCUUGAUUGUUUUGCCUACAGUCCCAGCAGAAAAGAAAGAGAAAAUGGCAAGUACGUCUGCAAAAUCUUUUCACAUUCGAUCCACUAGCUUUCCCUCAAAGUCCCACCCAAACUUGGCCAGAGUCCAGGAGUGCCUUCAUCUGGUUAAGGCCUGGGAAGCCUGCCCAUCAAGAAAGGCACAGCUGGUGACCAGACUUGGGCAUCUCAAGGACCUCUAGGCUUCCGUCAAUGCCUUACUGCAACUACCACUCACUCAACAAACCCUUUGCGGCAAAGAGAGUUUGGUGAGGGAGUUGAUGGACGACUUCCUCUGCUUAAUGGAUGCUUGCGUGUUGGUGAAGGACUCGUUGCAGCAAACGAGGGAGCAACACCAAUCCCUUCGAUCCAUGCUUCGAAGAGGCGAUUCUGGUUUGGAAGCUGGCAUCUGUGCAUAUCAGUGCAGCAGGAAGAGGAUGAAGAAGGAGAUGGGCAAGUGCCUCAGAUUAGUGAAAAGUGUGGAAAACCAUGCGUCCUCAUCCGAUGACAACCUCGACGUGGUUGAUAAGGUCUUCAACGAUGUGAGGGCUGUUACCGUCUCUACCUUCAGCCUUCUUAGUUUGAGCGUCUCGGGGAGAAAGGCAACAAAGUCCAUCUUCUCCAGAUUAUUGAGUUCCAAGAGCCAUGCAGAGAGUGAUGAAGAUUGUGUUAGUGAAAUAGAGAGGGCAGAUGUGGCUAUCUUUAGACUGCUUGGCCAUUCAUCCAAGACUGUGAGGGAGGAUGUUGCCCAAGAAGCACAAAUCCAGAUGCAGGCAUUAGAUCUUAAAUUGAGUGAGACAGAGGCGGAGUUGGAGGAUGUCUUUAGAUGCAUGAUCCAGGCUAAAGUCUCCCUCCUCAACAUCGUUGCAGGAUGUUGAUCAGGCUUUACUGUCCAUCCACUUGCUCAAACUUAAUUAAUCCUUAGCAUCCGCAUUUUAAAGGAUCACUAAGGAUCCCAAUUGUCCAUUUUGUAUAUGCAAAAGUAUAU